AAAAGGGCUUGAGGGAUCGGAGAAGGCACGUUAGUCAGCUGUGUAUAGCAGCUUCACGCUGCACGAGUGCAAAUUAGCACAACUGGACCAUGGACUACAAGAAGGUAUUUGGGGAACCAAUUUGGUAUUUCAACUGAACACCCAAAAAACUUCGGGACGGUUAGCGUGAGGACUUCAGAGGUCGUCUAAAUGAGACCUUUUCACUGUUCAGGAAAUUGAGCCCUCGGGAUGUUAAGUGCCUUGACCAAGGUUAUGUGCCAGUCAAAGCGCAACGCUGCCAUAUCCUGCUGUAUCUGGGAGCAGAAAAAAUAAAAUGGGGAAAGAAAUGGAAGAUAAGUGAUACUAAUGCUCUUGGGGUUUUAAUGUCACUAAAAGUAAACAGCACUUUGAAGAGAAAAAAAGGGGAUGAAAAAAGUUUUUGCAUAGAAAGGGGUUUGAGAUGGUUGACCACAUCAAAGGCACUACUGUUGGAACGUUGGAUUGCCAAAGAUUUGGUAUUGGUGGGUUUUUAAUACCCACUUAAAGUAAUACUGUUUAAGAAAGAACCAAUUUUUAUAAAACUAGCUAAAGUCAGUUAUUGCCAUUCCCUGUUGCUGCAGAUACAACUUACUGUUACAGAGCACAAUCGCAUUUUAUAUCAUGUAUUUUGCCACAAAUGUCAGUAAAGGAACCAAACUUCAAAGUGCUUAUGUUACUAGCAGAAUUCGUAUUACCACUGAAUUUCCCAGAAUCACUGAAAUAUUUAAUCGAGGAAUUGUGAGUUGACCUUUCCUAAUUUUAGUUUCAUUCUGUUUUAAGUACAAAGUUAUGAGACCAAAAAAAAUGGAAUUUGCACCACCACUAUAGCCCCUGAGGUUCCUAUUAUGGUGAAAAUGCAUUUUAUGUUUCCUUUGGUUCUUUUGGGAAAACAAAGUCUUGAAAUGCCUGUAUGUCUAGAAGAUGUGUAUUUCUACCGAGAAAAAUGGUGAUUUCCCCAGUAGUUCACCUGAAGGCAGCAUAUUUUCUUCUUUUCUAUUCAAAGUAGCAUUUUUUAUAUAUAUAGUUGACAUGAUUGUUUUGUUUGAAAGUGACAAAAGGUUAUGUAACAUUUGGGAAAAUAGUUUUUGGAUGAAUAUGAGUAAAUAGAAGUAUUCUGUAUCAAAAAGCCAAGCCAAAAGCAAAAAUAGCUUGGGUAAAAAAAGAUUGUACCACUAUUUUAGAAAACGUGCUUCAUCUGUAAAAACAAUAUAAGACAGCCACUAAAUUCAUAUAAAAACGACUAAUUUUGAAAGUACCUUUAGUAUAGUGAAUUUGCAACUUUUUUCCUUUCAUGUUUUUGAGUGUUUUUCUAUGCAAUAUAUAUGUUACCUAAAAUUACAUAUGUUAAUGGAUCAUCAGGCUGUACCCCGUAUGUCAAACCUCACUUGGUCACAUCUAGUAUAUUGUGCAGCAGCAAAGCAGUGAACCUCUUACUGAAAUGAGUGGAACUUAAGGACAAAGAUCUCACUGAAGUAUGGCUUACUUAUUGUUUUUUUAUUUGGUGUUCCAAAGUUUACAUACAUUCCUUCAAUAACAUAACAAUGUGCUGCCUUAAAAUACAACAUUAGCCUAAAUUAAUAAGGAGAAAUUGUUUUUAAAAAGUCAAAUAUUAACAAUACCUUUUCUUUGGUCUAGUCAAAAGGCAUGUUGGUAUGCACAACGGAAAAAGUACAAAUAAUACUAAUGAUAAAUCCACUUGAGUAGUUGUUCCUUUCACCAGAGUGAACAGUGUGACUCAAAUGAUUUUUUAAUUCAUUUAAAUCUAGAUUUAAGUCCAAACUCUGUGAGCAUUAUGGUUUUGGAAUAGAAUGUAAUGCCACAACAUUUAGAAUGUUAAAUAAGUAAUGUAACAAAAACCUACAGGUACAAAGAAGCUUAAGACCAGAUCCCUUAUUUUGCAUAGAACCAUUCAAUACUUGUGUGUGAUUGAUACAUGGAGUGUAAACAAAUGACUCAGUCUCCUGUCUCCAUUACUGUAUCUUUUAUAUUGAAGAAAUAUUUAUCUAAAAGUAAGCACUUAUGUCACUUUUUUUCCCAUUUCCUAUUUUUCCCCACUAAAUUCAGGUAAAGCUAAAUAUGUUAUACUUGUAACACAACAUUUGUUGUAAGACCCUUGUUCAUAAAACUUUUAAAGUCCUUCUAGCUCAUCAUAAGUUUGGGAUGAUAUUCCCCUGUUAGGAUGGGUAUUUGUAAUUGAUGUGAUGAUUAUUUUGCCUUUUCUUUUUUGAAACUUAAAAAUUUCUUGAUCUUUUCAAGAUACAGUAGUCCGCCCUUAUCUGAUACGCCCAGUAGAAGCCUGAAACCAUGGAUAUAUAUGGACAUGUAUAUAUAUACACAAUGUUUUUUCCUAUAUAUAAUACCUAUGAUAAAGUUUAAUUUAUAAAUUAGCCAUAGUAAUAAAUGAACAAUAAUAAUAAAAUAGAAUAAUGAUAGCAAUAUACUGUAAUAAAAGUUAUGUGAAUAUGAUCUCUCUCCCAAAAUAUCUUAUCUUACUAAAGUCACCCUUCUUAUGAUGUGACCUGAUAAAAUGUCUACCUCAUGAGGUGAAUGACGUAGGCAUCAUGACAUAAUGAUAGGCUACUAUUGACCUUCUCUGACCAUACGUGAGGAGGAAGAGCCUCUGCUUCUAAACCACAGUUGACUACUGAUAGCUGAAACCGUGGAGAAGGGGGCGGCUAUUGGAAUGAGUAUUUGUCACUGUGAUUGAAAAAAUUCAAAUAAUAUUAAUUCACUUAGAAGAUCUACUUUAUGAGGUCUGAUUUUAUUGUAUUUCAACAUAUUUUAAUAGAAGAAUGGAUUCAAGUAACCAUGGUGAAAAUUCUGGGUAAAAAUAAAUAGUGAAAAACUGAAAUUUUAUUUCAGUUAAACAAGUGAUAUAUUUUCAUAAUAAAAUAAGAAUUACCUGAGAAAACAAGUGCAAGAUUGUGUCUUUGAAAAGAUAAUUACCUCAAGUACAGCUGAAUAUUUGAAUUUCAAAGACUAUUGGUAACCUCCUAAAUUGUUUUAAAAAUCAGUGUUCUCAGUAUCAUGGCAGCCAUACAGCUUUCAUGGACUUCUGUGAAAAUUAAAAGGAAGUCUUGUUUAAAAUGGAGUUGGGAACACUUGCACCCUACCACACCGGUCAUCGUUUGCAGGCUGCACAGGGGGAGACACACCUUGCAAGGGGUAUCUACUUUGGCGGCGGCUGCUGCACAGCUGGAGGAAGGGAGGAAGCUUUCCGCCCCCUCCCCUCACCCCACAGCUGGGCCAAAGGCAGCCGGUCACACUCAGCCACAGAGAAGCCACUACACUUCAGACUCCCAGUUUCCUCCAACGGGCUUUUUAUUUAGAACAGCCCUCCCAGUUUCCACCUUUUCUCUAUAAAGGAGCAUUCCUCCUCUGGCCUCUGGAUUAGCCCAUGGUUUUGCCAUACCAAAUUGUGCUUGUACCAAAUUAACAUUCUCUGCCAUUCCUGAAUAAACCAAUUUUUGCUAGUAAAAUAACUGACAGUUUUAUUUGUAAGGUUAACACUUCUCACGUUGGGCUACCACAGACAUGGGGCCACAGUGACCUGAGUAAAUGAAAUGCAGUGACUGGGAUGUCUUCAAGAAACAGAAAAAGAGAAAGCCAUUGCUUCCCAGCCAGAAGAAGAGAAAGAGAGUGAGAAGACUGACCUUACAUGCCCAUUUUAGGAAAACAAAAAGUUGGGAGAGGAAUGCAGUUUCGACUAUAAUCAAAUAGAAUGGUGGUGGGAUAUUUUGACAAUCUACUGAGCAGCUAAAAACAAGAGCAUACAUUCAGAAAUGUGCACCCUAUUGCGUGGAAUGUCAGAAGUAAUAUAUAGCCUUUAGGAUAUCACUCCACAAUUCUGAAUGCAAUUUUAUUUGAUGCAGAAAUAAACAGGUCUCUAUGUAUUUUUCAGGGUUUAUUUUAUUUUAUUGUAUUUCUAAAAUAAAGCAUGAAUCUCAGUCUUGGAGCUGAAUGUUUAAAAUUUAAUAUAUUUAGUGGUAUUCGCAACUCUCAUUUUUUUUAAUGCUAAUUUUCACUCUAAAAGGGACUUUCACAAUUGCCACUAUUAACUAUUAAUGUUGUUUUAACAUCUUUCAGAAAUAAUUGGUAAUAAGACCGCUGUAGCCAUGGCUAGUUCUGACGUGAAACCAAAAUCAGUAAGUUGUGCCAAAAAAUGGUCAGAAGAGAUAGAAAACCUGUACAGAUUUCAACAAGCAGGAUAUCGGGAUGAAAUUGAAUAUAAACAAGUGAAACAAGUCUCUAUGGUCGACCGUUGGCCAGAGACAGGAUAUGUGAAGAAACUCCAGAGAAGGAACAACACUUUCUAUUACUACAACAGGCAAAGGGAGUGUGAUGACAAGGAAGUUCACAAAGUGAAAAUCUAUGCUUACUAGCCUCUGUUCUUUGAAUUACUUACAUUAUCUUUUAAGAGCUAUUUCAUUCCACAUCCUGUGAAUGUUUGUCAUUUUACAGAAUAAUUCAAAAUGCAGGCUUCACUGGAACGUUCUGAAACACAAAAGCUAUGAAACUUGGCAUCUGUUCGCAUUCUGUUCUCUUCUACAACAUAACUACAGAGGCAUUAAGGUUGUACUGUCUUGGUCCUGUUCUUCCUGCUCUUUCAGCUGCGGCAGGAAACCACAGUGCACAGGCGGAAAUAGCCCCAUUUGAAACCAUCCCAGGGAUUAGGCUAGGUACACACCGGUUAGUGCUCCGGCCCCCAGCCCCCAGCCUUUACUACUGUACACAACCAUCGCUUCCAACUCACAGAUCUGCAUUUUGUGGCCCGGUGGCUUUCUCCUGCCUCUGGAGUCUGUCUCUUGCUGAGUAGCCUGGAAGUGACAAGGGAUGCUGGCCCCCGGGAGCAGCCCUCAGCCAAUAACUGAUGGGCAGGAGGUAUCUCAGGAGGAAUCCAGCUGAGGUGUGCACUGUACACUGGCACCCAGCGUUCCCCGAGAGGGAUUAAGCCUGUCACCACGAGCAGGAUCUGCCUGGAAAACACAGGCUGCUGGUUGCCUCCCUUCCUGGUCACUUACCCUACACCAGGGCUUCUUUCCUGAAUCACCUCCUUGUACUUACAGUCCUGUCCUGGGGCCAGGUUUUGGGUUCCCCAUACAGCCAACUUAGGUCCCCUGCUGCCUGGAAUCACUGGAGAAACAGCCUGAGUGCUUAUGAGGAGGUGAUCAUUAACCUGUAAGACUUAAGAAGUUCCACCAAAUUAGUGAGUCUUGAGUGCUUGGAGAUUGAAUAGAUGAAAGAUGUCCUUUUUAUUUUAAAUAUUUUUUCACUGAUAAGGUUUUUAUUUGUUAUCAUAUAUGAGCUGUGACCUUUAAACAGACUGUUGGAUGGGGGCUUGCAUCCAUGAACUCAUUCAACUUCAGCUUCUGCUUUCUAGAACUAUCUGCAACACGAAGAUCCAUUUGUUUCCCCAACUCAAACUUGUACUUAUUCAGGUUUUCUUUGUGAACAAACAUAUUAGAGAAGACAGACUGGCAAAACUCUUAUAUGCCUUUCCCAGCAUUGCUGGGGUCAUCUUAUUCAUCACCUGCGAUUCAUUUAUCUGUGCCUCUCUCUCUGGUCACGAUUUCUAUCUUCACCCAGAUUUGGUAAACCCCUACUCGCUGAGCAUAACAGAUCUUCUGAAUCAGAUAAUGCUUUUUAUUUAAACCAACUGUGAUAGAAAAAUUGCUCCCCAAAACAUCCACAUCCUUAUCCCUGGAGCCUGUGAAUACAGUACCUCACAGAUUCUGACAUACAGUAAAAUUUUUAAAUCAUUUUUAAAAUUUCAGUAAAUUGUUUUUGUAUUUCCCUUUUGAUCCAAGAGUUAACAGAGAAUUUUCUUAAAAAUUAGAGGGGCUUUUAAAAAUGUAUUGCCAUUUCUUUUAUGAUUUUUAGUUAUAUUGCUUUGUUUGCAAGAGACUGGUGGUGGUUUUAUUUUUACUGUGCAGAACUUAGUUUUCUUUGUGCCCUUAACGUAUGAUCAACCUUUAUGAAUGUUCCAUGACUGCACAUUCUCUAUUUCAGAGUGCAAAGUUCAAUAUAUACCCAUAAGAUCUACCUCAUUGAUUAUGUUUACUUUUCUCAUCCACUUGACUGCCCUUGAACUAUAGUAGUGUGGUGUGUGAAUUCUCUUAAUAGUGCAUUUCACUCCAUUUCUCCUUGCAUCUCCUGUAUUUUAUCCUUUAUAAAGUGGCUGCUGUGUUAUUUGGUGAAUAGAUAUUCAAUAACUAGUAUAUAUUCACUGAGAAUCAUGACCUUUAAAAGUGUCCUUCUUGCUAUAUUACUUAAUGCUUUUGUCUCCGAAUUCUACCUUACCAGAUACUGAAAUUACAAACCUUCUUUAUUUUUGUUUCCAGUUACCUGGGGUAUCUUUCCCAUCCCUCUGAAUCCCUUCAUUUCAGGUGUGUCUCUUGCAUAUAGCAUAGAAUUUGCUUUUUUGUGUGUGGCAAUCUAAAGAUCUUUUCCUUUGGAUAGGUCAAUUAAGCCCAUUUACAUUUAUUGUUAAGACAGAUAUGUUUGGUCUCUGCUCAGUCAUAUUAUUCUUUGUCAUAUUUACUGUGUAAUUUACUAUGUAGUAGAACAGUUUUUUCUCUUUUUUUAUAUCUUUUGUUACUAAGGAAAGUUUGUAAUUUUGUCUCUAGCAGUUAUUUUCAUACUUUAUACAAUUUCCUUAGUCCUCUUAUUUUUAAUUAGGCUUCUACUCUUUGGCUUUACAGGCUUAAUAUCCUCAGACACACACCUAUUACUAUACAGAGUCAAUAAAUUUAUUCUAUUAUCCUUUUUUUUUCCUUUUCCAUUUUAAAAACAAAUUGUAUUGUAUCUACUAUCAGAACAUACAACAUUUACAUAAUCAUCUUCUACCCUUAUCUCUACCUUUUUUUUUCAAUCUUAGAACCACAAUUAAAAUAUUCAAAAUAUUCAAAGCUCACUACCACUGCUUUUGCCAAAUUUCAUGUAAUCAUCUCUUGAUUGGAUGAAGUUCAGCUUCUAGUACAGGAAUUGGCAAACUUUUCAUGUAAAGGGCCAAACAGUAAAUAUUUUCAGCUUUGUGGGUCAUACAGUCUUUGUUGCAAUGAUUCAGUUUUGCCAUUGUUGCAAAUAAUCAGCCACAGACAAUACAUGCAAACUGAGCAUGGCUCUGUCCCAGUAAAACUUUAUUUACAAAAACAGGUGGCAGCUGUUUGACGAGUGGGGCUGUAGAUUGUUGACUCCUGAUUUGGCAGAUUCCUGAAGCAGAACUCACGACUACAGUAUUUCCUAAGCUCUUGCAUCCAUUCGACUACUUUGAUACUGAAGAUAAAUUAUUACUGUAGCCACUUUCCCUAAGUCUCUUGAAAUUUUUGUUAACUGUUUUCCUGCCUCAUAUUUUCUUAUCAGAAAGUCUAAUACCUGAUUUGCUUUCCUUCAUGAAUGACCUGUUAAUGUGUCUAGAGGUCCUGAGGUCUCUAAUUUUUUUUAACCUUCAAAUUCUAAUAUUUUAACUUGACUAGUAUGGGUCAAUUUGCCCAAGUAUAUGAUAGGUUCUUUCCACUCAUAGUGUCAUUUUAUCUCAGUGAAGUGUGCCUGGAUUAUAAAUUCAAGUAUCAGUACUUUCUACUUUCUAAGUGGUUUGUUUUGUUUUAUUGAGGGUCUCCAUUUAUUCUUACAUUGGAACUUUUUCUGUCUUUUAUGUUUAUUACUUUUCUUUGGGGUCUCGUCCCUCUUUGUUUUCUUUUUCUUAGCUCUUUUAUUCCCGUCUACUGCCCCUACUUAAAUAUUUUGCAUCUAUUAUCUCCUAGACAACUUUGUUUUAGUCAGUUUUGAAAUAGUUUUUGUCUUUUUAUUCCAUUUCUUUCCAGUACUCUGUCUGUUCUUUAGGCAAUUGUUUGUUCUGGUUCAGAAUUUCAAAUUUGUGCAUUACAGUGUCCUUUCAUUUCUGCAAUUUCUAAUUUAAUUAAAUUUAAUGCAUGUUGGAAUGUUAUAUUAACUAUUCUUCUGCAUUGUUCUUUAAAAAGCAAUUCUCAUUAGCUGAAAAAGUUUGCUUUAUAUACUCUGUAUUGUUUGAUAUGCUUAUUUCUGUUUGUGAUGAAAUGUGCUGGGUUUCCUGACCACCAAUAACAAGUUACUCUACUAGGACAGAGGUGUUUUGAUUGCUUACUGUUUCUUGGUUCAAAAGUUCCCUUUUCUGUUGCUCUAGUGAAGUGCAGUUUUAAAAGUACAAGGCAGCUUGUUUGUAUGGUUGGGAAUUCGGUAUUCUAAUUCUCUGGUAUUAUUAUGUCUCUUAUCUUCAGCCCUUCUAUCUUUAUUUCUGCUGUCAGAACUCCAAAGGCAUUUUCCCAUUCCAAGCUGCCUUUCUCUCCACUGGAAAUGCCCUCCCAACACUACACCUCUCUGUCCAUUCAUGCUUCCAAACCGUUUCUUUUUUACUCUCUGUCACCAGUACUGUGAUAGCAGGAAGGAGGAAAGGAAAGGGAAAGACCCAUUCUUUGAAGAGAGCCCUGUAAUUAAUGCAUAAACAUAUUUUUAGAAACUACUGGAAGUACAUUCAUAUGGAGUUUUUCAUCAACAGCUGAUAGUUCAAUGUAGACAAUUAAAAGUUGCUACUUUAAACACAUUUUAAAAUAGCUGAUACAUAAAAUGAAUAAAGAAUAAUAGUGCAAACUCAACCAUUCGCUUGAUCCCCUUAAAGAAUAAAACAUAAUUGAAUACAGUUUCCAUGUGCCCUCUCCUCAACUGUAUCCACGCUCUCCCCAUGUCUCCUCAAAUACUGAAAGCAAAAUAUAGUAUCAUUUCACAUACUUCUAACUUUAUAUAAACUUAUCAUAUUAUAAACAUUCCUCUGAAACUUGUUUUACUUCUCCACAAUUUUUUUUGAGAUAUGUGGAUAUGUGUAUCUCUCUACUUCAUUGAUUUUUAGUUAUUUUAUAGUAUUCCAUUGUGUGGCUAUAACACAAUUAAUGUAUCUGUUAUUUUAUAGGCAUUAAGGACAUUUUCAUUUUUUUGCCACUAUUAAUAAUGCUUCUGUUAGCAGUCUUAUAUAUGUCUUCUUGCAUGAAUGUAAGAAAGUCUACAUCUAGGAGUGGAAUUUCUGGGAGGUAUAUAGGUAUGAAUGUCUUCAACUGCAUGAAAUGUUGCUAAAUUGUUGCCCAAAGGAAUUGCAAGGAUUUAUACUGCCAAAGCAAUCUAUGAGAAUUCUUACUGCUCUGUAUCCUUGACAAUAUAGCUAUUGCAAAACUUUUUGAUUUUCUGCCAAUCAAUGCAUGAAAUUAUUCUGAUUUUCUCCAGUUUUAUUGCAUAUAUUUCAUAUAUAACAUUGUGUAAGUUUAAGGUGAACAUAAUUUGAUAUAUUUAUAUAUUGCAAAUGAUUACCACAGUAAGUUUAGUUAACAUCCAUCACCUCACAUAGUGACAAUUUUUUUUGUGAUAACUUGUAAGAGCUACCCUUAGCAACUUUGAAGGAUACACACAGUAUUGUUAUCUAUAGCCACCAGGUUGUACAUUACAUCCCCAGAACUUAUUUAUAAUAAUCAAGACACUGGCAUAUGGCGUAUGGCACUGUCAUAAAUCUGGCACAUAAACAAGUGGAACAGAAUCAAAAGCCCAAAAAUAAACCCAUGCAUAACAGUCAACUAAUAUUUGACAAGUGAGACAAGAACACUCAAUAGACAAAAGACAGUCUCUUCAAUAAAUAAAUAGUGCUGGGAAAACUGGAUAUUCACAUGCAUAAGAAUGAAACUAGACCUCUGUCUUACACUACUGUGGGGAAGUUGGGGUUCCUAUGGCCAGGAUCCUCACUGAACUUAAACCACCUGAUGAUGUAACUGGCCUAUUGCUAGGCUACCGCUUCCACACCUUUAGGCAAUAAGCCAUUAUUGUGCUAUAUAGAGAGCUCGGCCCAGUGCUCGGAGCAGAGGCGGAGACGCUAGUGCUCGAACUGCCACCAGAGAACAAGCCGGGUAAUAAACCCUUUCACCCCAAAGAACGUUCUGCUGUCAAUUUCUUUGGUCACAUUGAAUCCAUAACGAACUUGCUCGGGGCUGAAACCCAUUGGCAAGACAACUACUCACAAAAAUUAAUGCAAAAUGUAUUAAAGACUUACACAUAAGACCUGAAAUAAUUAAAGUCCUAGAAAAAAACAUAGAGAAAAAGUUCCUUGACAUUGGUCUUGGAGGUGAUUUUUUGGACAUGACAUCUUAAAGCACAAGCUACAAAUGCAAAAUAAAUGAGUGGGACUACAUCAAACAAAGAGCUCCUGCACAGCAAAAGAAACAACAAAAUGAUGAGGUAGCCUACCAAAUGGGAAAAAGUAUUUUCCAACCACACAUCCAAUAAGGAGUUAAUAUUCACACUACAUAAGAACUUUACAUCUAAAUAGCAAAACACCCCCAAACAAUCCAAUUUACAAAUAGGCAAAGGACCUGAAUAGAGAUUUUUCCCAAAGAAGACAGACGAAUGGCCAACAGAUAUGUCAAGAGGUACUUGACGUCACUAAACAUCAGGGAAAUGAAAAAAAGGCAAAUAUUUUAGUAUUAUCCUAAAAAUAGGUUUAGCCUCGCAGACCACCUGAAAAGGUCUCAGAAAGUCCCAGAGUCCCCAGACCAUACUUUGAGAACUGCUGAAAUAUAUUAACCAAAAACACAGUGGUAUGUAUCUUUAAAGGGAGGAAAGAAUAUUUAAAUUCAUUUUAAGACAUGUGGAAAUCAGGACCAAAUCUCAGUGAAUUAUUUAGGAUGCCCUGAAACUCUUUUCAUGCUGAUAUAUAUAAGUGAAAGUACCUUUUACAAACACAUGAGAUUAUGCAACGAACUUAGGCUUUGCUUUUUUAAAAUUAUUUCCUGAUCAUUGCUGUAUUUAUGGUACUUGUUCUUAAUUGACUUUGCAUUGUUGUGAGUUUUGCUGAACAGUUAUUAUGCUUUCUUUCCCAAACUGAGAAUGGGACCCUCGAUGGCUUUUAUGGCUGCACUACCCCUAAAAGAAGGCGUAGGGUAGAACCAAUGCAUUUCUUUGUGUCAAAUACAACUCCCCAUGUAAGCAAUUUCAUUUUCCUUAGGGACGGGGGUAGAGAGGAGGGAAGAGGAAGGAGAAAUGAAGUCAUUAUUUCCUAUCUGGUGAAUUGUGGCCCAGCAUGGCGACAUGGCAGGGACGGUACUG